AUGGGCGACAAAAUAUCGGAAUCCGCAAUCAAGAUUAUCGUCACUGAAGACGACAAAGAAGAAACAGCGACGAAGCCUUCCAUCUUGACAAACCUUCACGCAGGCUAUUUCAGAAUCAGCAUCUCCCUUGGCGGCCAAGCAAUUCUAUGGAAAACCCUCACCGACCAUUUCUACAAACCCCCCACCACCACCGCCGCCGCAAGUCCUCAUUAUCACAUCUACCAUAGUCUCACUUCAACCACGUUUAUCCUUCUAUGGUGCCUCACUCUCUGCACCCUCCUUCUGCUCUCAUUCCUCUACGCUCUGAGGUGUUUUUUCCACUUCUCCUUGGUGAAAGCAGAGUUUUGUAACUAUGUCGGCAUCAACUACUUCUUUGCUCCCUGGGUUUCAUGGCUGCUCUUGCUGCAAUCCUUCCCAUUUGCAGUCUUCAGAACAACCUCUUAUUACCAGGUAUUGUGGUGGUUGAUGGCAAUGCCGGUGGUGAUUCUUGAUCUGAAAAUCUACGGCCAGUGGUUCACAACGGAGAAGCGGUUUCUGUCGAUGGUGGCUAAUCCGACGACUCAGAUGUCUGUGAUCGGGAACUUGACCGGCGCGUGGGCGGCGAGUCAUAUGGGUUGGAAAGAGAGUGCUGUCUGUAUGUUUACCUUGGGCAUAUGUCACUACUUGGUGGUUUUCAUUACCCUUUACCAGCGACUCUCCGGCGGCAACCGCAUUCCGGCCACUCUCCGGCCGGUGUUCUUCUUGUUCGUCACCGCUCCCAGCAUGGGUAGCCUGGCUUGGAGCUCCAUUUCUGGCAACUUCGAUAUGCCUUCCAAAAUGCUGUUUUUUCUCUCCAUGUUCCUCUUCACAUCUUUGGUUUGCAGGCCAACAUUAUUCAAGAAGUCGAUGAGAAGAUUCAACAUAGCAUGGUGGGCAUAUUCAUUUCCACUCACAUUCCUGGCGUUAGCUUCAGCACACUAUGCUCGUCAAGUGAAAUCCAUGGCGGCCUCAGCCUUGAUGCUUCUACUCUCUGCUCUCUCCAUCAUCGUCUUCGUCUGCAUCUUGCUUUUCACAGCUCUCAAUGCUAAUAGCCUUUUGCGACGACACAAUAAUCAUCCCUGCCUGCAUUUUUCUAAGUACAACUUAUCACUUUAAUUUGUGUGUAACAAACUAAGUUAACACUUUUUUGUUUCAAGUUUCUUUU